AUGUGGGUGCGUGUGGUGCUGGCCUGUGGGGUCCUGUGCGCAUGCGCGCGCGCCUGGGCCGGCGGGGCCGUGUGCGCGCGGGAGGCGGCGGGCGGGGGCGGCGCGCGCUACGUGGCGUUCCUGGGCCGCGCGCUGUGGCGGCGCCGCGCCGCCUGCACCGACCCCGCAAAGGCGGGAGCGCAGCGCCAACGCCGCCGCCGGGGCUGGACGCUGCCGGGCACGUUGUGGUGUGGGGCCGGGGACUCGGCAGGGAACUGGAGCGAGCUGGGGCUGUUCCGCGGCCCCGAUCGGUGCUGCCGGGAGCACGACCAGUGUUGGGCGCAGAUCACGGCGCUGCAGUUCAACUACGGCAUCCGCAACUACCGCCUGCACACCGUGUCCCACUGCGACUGCGACGCCAGGUUCCGGCAUUGCCUGCUCGCCAUCAACGACACCGUGUCCAACAUCAUCGGCGUCACCUUCUUCAACCUGCUGGAGGUGCCGUGCUUCGUGCUGGAAGAGAGCGAGGAGUGCAUCCAGUGGCAUUGGUGGGGCGGGUGUGAGCGUUACGGUGUUGUACCCUUGGCCAGGAUGGUGCAGCAGAGUCAGUACCACCCCAGCCUGCCCGCAGAGGAGAGAGGCAGCUCUGCUGCACAGCCCCCAGGUAAGGGAAGGAAUUCCUCUAGAGCAGGGCGCAAGCGGCUCCGACAGGAACUGGAGCCGAAGCCUGGGCGCCGCCAGGCACGGAGACCUGAGACAGCCCAGCAGGACCCAGGUAUCCCUGCAUUGGCCAGGGACAAGGCUGAGCCCACAGCCAGGCACCGAGCAGCGCAGCAAGGGCUGAAGCCUGGCCCCCCAACAGUACUGACCAUGUUGGGACAGGAUCCAGCUGGAGCAAGGAGCGCACUGGGAGGAGCAGAGCAAGGAGUUGAGGGCUUGGCCCACCCUUGGGAUGGCAGUGUGAGACCCAGCCCAACCACAGCAGCAUGGAGUGGGGCCAUCCCAGUGCCCACUGUGGAGGAGUGCAGGCAGCAGGGCCCAGGCAGGGUGUGCAGAUGCUACAAGCACCUGGGUAAAUGUGAGCACCAGAUUGCACCCCAUGAGGUGAGGUACCAGCUGCACAACCUGAACAGCCAGACACUCUUCCACUGCAACUGCACCCGCAGGCUGGCGCAGUGCCUGCGUAGGGUGAGGAACUGCAGUAACGUGGAGGUGGCUGUCCUGGCUAACCACAUUGCCACACACUGCUUUGUUCUAGAGCAGCUUGCUGCCUGCAGCCCAGGCAGGGGUUCUCAGGACAGCAGCUGUACCACAGUGACGAGGGCUGUGCUUUUACCUGCAAAGCGGCUCAAAAAGACCCUGAGGCGUUGGGGCCCUCUUCAUGUGAGCUCCAAGACCAAGCAUCCAGACUGGAAGACACAGGCCCGGGGAGGCAGCCUCUGUGAGCAGUGCCAGCACCUGGCCAUGAAGCAGGGGCCGGGUGCUCAGCCCCACACAGUGCCCCGAUGAUGCCUGAGCAGUGUGCUGCCUUGGGAAGGAAGGGGAGGAAGAUGUGCUGUGCAGUAGCUGCAGCCUACAGCUGCUUGGUUCCCGGUCCUUUAGACAAAGGAUAGCACUGAGCACGGCUGCUGGCAUGACUGCAUGGAGCUGGGGACCACAGCCAGAGCAGGCAGAGGGACUGAGAAGACUCAAGGAGUUGUGGUUGCCAUCCAUGAGCAUCAAAGUAAGGGGAAAAAAAUAGGAGGGCUCAGGAAAGGGGAAACUUAUUGUUUUCCCUUCCCUGUUCUGCUCUGGGGCCAGGGGGAUGGCAGGGCCCCCCACCCCUAUAUUGGUGACCCUUCAACCGGGGGCCUGAACAGUGAGGUGUGAUCCUGACCCCCUUGCCUAGGCACAGUAGGAUGGCUGGGGUCAGUCUAUGCUUGCAGCAGAAGAUAAAUAAAGAAUUGUCAGAGCAUG